CACACGCUUGUUUGUUGACGUCAGCUCCAGGUCUGCUGCUUGUUUACCUCCUCAAGCUGAAGCUUUGUUCUGUCUGUUGAUUUGUGUUCUGGAUCGUCUGACUUAAUUUGAUUUAUCAAAGAAAAUGGAAAGCUUCAAAUCGAUAGUCGUCAUGGACCUUGAAAGUAGUGGUUUGCCGAGCUCGGUGGGAAAGACAAAAAUAACAGAGCUCUCCUUUGUGGGUGUCCUUGUUCAACACAUUAUGAGCUGCCACAAGACUCGAGCAAAAGUACCGAGAGUUCUUCAGAAACUAAAUUUGUGCUUUUAUCCUCACAAGAGAAUAGAUUUUGAAGCUACAGAAAUUACGGGAUUGGACAAUUUCAUGCUGGAAGAUAUUCCAGUAUUUAAUGAAGAUGCGUGUGCAUUAUUAAUUGGGUUUCUAGAGCGCAUGCCUUCUCCCGUGUGCCUUGUGGCUCACAAUGGAUUUAAAUUUGACUUCCCUUUGUUGAAAGCAGAGUUAUCCGCAAAAAGUCAGACGUUUCCAGACAGCAUUAUCUGCGCUGAUUCUCUGAUGGCAUUUAGAAUUCUGUACCCAAUAAGCCCCUCAUCUUGGUGUAGUUCUCAAACUGUACCUGGUAUCCAUGCUAUAUCACCACUUGCUACUCCAAUCGGAGGGUCUCCAAAUGCACAAGGUAGUAAUUCCUUGGUACGGAGCGUGAGUGAUGAGCUUCAAGCAACGAGCUCAGUGACAGGGUACCCAAAUAAUAUUGCCAAUGAACAAGAAUCUAAAGAAAUGCAGAAAGCCAAUGAAACAACUCCAAAGCAAUUGAAGAUAUCAGCAGACUGUCCUCUUCCCUUAAAGAGAAAAAAUAUUCUAACAAAUGACGAAAACAUAGGCAUUAAGAAUGGAGGUAUCAGGAAAAAGUUAUUUAGAGGACAGGAGAAGUUGAAAAGCCAUAAACUUGUUGAUCUGUAUCGUUAUAUUCAAGGGAGAGAGCAAGAUAGUGGCCAUCAUGCUGAAAAUGACACUCUAGCUUUGCUAGAAUGUAUUGUUUCAUCUGCCCCUGAAUUUUUGAGUUGGGUUGAACAAAAUCAUUUGAGUUUUACCAAAAUUCCAUGCAUGUGGUAAUAAUUUUGUGUGGUAUUUUUAUAGAGCAAGCUUGCUUUUUAAAGACUGUUUUAAAUCAUAGUGAUCAAUGUGUUUUUCAGACGGUGUAGAGUAUCUUUU